GUCCGGCUUUAUUGAGGAGGUCUUGCGAGUCAGGAAGCUGCAUUUCUACACGGGGAAGAGCCGCCCACUCAUUUUAUGACAUUGUUUCGAGCCAGUUGUGAGUGGUCUGGAUGCUGGCCCUGCUGCCGGAGAAUCCCCGGCCUGAGGGCACCUGCUGGAGAGAAAAGGUCAUCUUCUCUUCCGGAACGAAGGCAGCGAGCACAGGGUGUUUCCUAGGGGGGCCGAAGCAGUCGAUGCGCCCCGCCCCGCCCCGCCCCUGGCGCGGCCACGUCGCCGCUGGAGCCACUGGUCAGUGCUGCUGCUGCGGUUCCUGAGCUCUGGGGUGAGGGUCGCGGGAAGCUUCCUGGCAGCGACUCGCCGGGAAGGGCGCGUGGACGCCAGGUAUCAUGAUAUUCCUCGGUUUGAUUUCAAGCCAUUUAUGAGACUUUAAAUGUCUUCAAAAUGGAAAACCUAGUGCCGUCCUUCCAAGGGGACCCCAACUGUUGGUGAUGGCAGAGAUUGUGCCUGCCCGCAGCCCCCGUGCAGCCCCUGGGUGUCACCCAGUCUGAGUCGUCCUGACCAUGGAUGGAGCGUCAGCUGUGCAGGGUGGCCUCUUGGAGGAUGGAUCCCACAGUGGCACCUCAACCCUCCCUGGCGCCCUCCCGAAGCCCCUGGGCCCGCAGGCGCCUCCGGACCAGUGGGACGAAGCCCAGCGUGCCAACGUUGAGGCGAACAGAGCUGUGGAUGAAGGAGGAAGCCUAGACAUGCCCAGCAAGGGGGACGCCUGUCAGAAUGGGCCAACGCCACAGCUCCCAGGCUCACCAUGGGCUGUCGGUCCCCCCGCAAGCCCAGUGGGUCCUGAUGCCCCUCCAGGUGUGGCUGAUUUCCAUGACAACCUAACGAAGUCUCAGGGGACUAGUGCUGAGGGCAGUGUUAGAAAAGAAGCUUUGCAGUCUCUCAGACUCAGUCUUCCUAUGCAAGAAACGCAACUGUGCUCAGCAGAGGCUUCGCUGCCCCUGGAGAAGGAGGAGCAGGUCCGACUCCAGGCUCGGAAGCGGCUGGAGGAACAGCUGAAACAGUACAGGGUGAAGCGGCAGCAGGAACGAUCCAGCCAGCCUGCAACUAAAAUGAGACCUUUCAGCACACUUGAUCCUGAACUCAUGUUGAACCCAGAAACCUUACCAAGGGCCAGCACCGUGGCUAUGACAAAGGAAUAUUCUUUCCUGCGCACCAGCGUGCCUCGGGGGCCGAAGGUAGGCAGCUUAGGGCUCCUGGCACAUCCUAAGGAGAAAAAAAGCUCCAAAUCAAGCAAAAUUCGGUCCCUGGCUGAUUAUAGAACUGAAGAGUCAAAUGCUGGGAGUUCGGGUGGAAAUGUUCUGGCCACAGACUCCACCAGGGGCUCCCUGAAGCAGAGCCAAAGCAGCGUGACGUCAGUGGUGUCUGAGGUCAGCCUGUGUCCUGAGGCCGACGACCUGGAGAACUCCUCCCUGACUGGAGACAACACGUCUGAGGCCGAUGGGAAUGAGAGCGACAGCUCCUCCUGCAGUGGCAUCUCCACCCGGGGCGUGCACCGCCUUCCUGUGAACCGUGCCGGCAUGCGUGAAGCCUCCUAUGUGGUCAACGGCCAGGAGAUUGCUGCCAGUUCCCUGGGCCAGUUCCCAUCCAUCGCGGAUGUCCUUCAGGCCGCGGCAGCUGAGCACCGAGACCAGGGACCAGAGGUCAAUGGGGAGACACGGAGCCGGACAGACAGCAUCUGCAGCAGCGUAUCCAUGGAAAGUUCUGUGGCUGAAACUCAGGAUGAGAUGUUGCAGGUUCUUAAAGAAAAAAUGAGACUUGAAGGGCAGCUGGAAGCCUUAUCCCAGGAGGCCAGUCAGGCACUUAAAGAAAAGGCAGAGCUGCAGGCACAGCUGGCAGCCCUGAACACGCGGCUGCAGGCGCAGGAGGAGCACAGCCACAGCAGCCAGCAGAAGCAGGACGCGCUCACUUCGGAGGUGGACACUCUGAAGCAGUCAUGCUGGGACCUGGAGCGGGCGAUGAGCGACCUGCAGAACACACUGGAGGCCAAGAACGCCAGCCUGGCCUCCUCCCACCGAGACCUGCAGGUGGCCGAGCAGCAAUACCAGCGCCUCCUGGCCAAGGUAGAGGAGAUGCAGAGCAGCAUGCUCAGCAAGGACAGCACAGUGCAUGACCUACGACAGCAGAUGACAGCCUUACAGAGCCAGUUGAGGCAAGUGCAGCUGGAGCGCACGACGCUCACAAGCAGGCUGAAGGCAUCCCAGGCAGAAAUCGCGUCUCUGCAGAGCGUCAGGCAGUGGUACCAGCAGCAGCUCGCAUUGGCCCAGGAGGCCCGGGUCAGACUGCAGGGCGAGAUGGCCCACAUCCAGGUUGGACAGAUGACCCAGACAGGCCUCCUGGAGCACCUGAAACUGGAGAACGUGUCCCUGUCACAGCAGCUGACAGAGACCCAGCACAGGUCCAUCAAGGAGAAGGAGCGCAUAGCCCUGCAGCUCCAGGGCAUCGAGGCUGACAUGUUGGACCAAGAAGCUGCCUUUGUGCAGAUUCAGGAGGCGAAGACGAUGGUGGAGGAGGACCUGCAGCGGAGGCUGGAGGAGUUUGAGGAGGAGAAGGAGCAGCUGCAGAAUGUGGCGGCCUCGGCAGUAGCCCUGGAGCAGCAGCUGGAGCAGGUGAAGUUGACUCUCCACCAGCGAGACCAGCAGCUCGAGGCCUUGCAGCAGGAGCACCUGGACCUGCUGAAGCAGUUCACCUCGACCCAGGAGACACUGCAGAGCCGGGAGCAGACCCUUGGCGACCUGCAGGAGCGCUACAAUGAGCUGCAGGCCCGGCUAGAAGAGCUAGAAAGUGAGGCCACCACCAGGGAUGACACCAUCAGCUUCCUGCAGAAGGAGAAGAUUGUCUUGGAGGUGGCUUUGCAGGCGGCCAGGAGCAGUGGGGAGCAGCUUGACGGAGGAGCCAGACGCUUGGAGGAAGGUGCUGAGGAGACAUCGGAAAUUUUGGAGCAGUUGAGACAGGAAUUAGCCGUCAAGUCCAGCCAGGUGGAGCACCUUCAGGAAGAGACUGCCUCUCUGAAAAAGCAGACGCAGAAAAUAAAAGAACAGUUUCUUCAACAAAAGGUGAUGAUGGAGGCCUACCGACGCGACGCUGCCUCCCGAGACCAGCUCACCAGCGAGCUCAAGGCCACAAAGAAGAGGCUGGACGUGGAGGUGAAGGAGCUGCGGCGAGAGCUGAUCCAGGUGCAAGGGGACAAGAAGUCCGUGGAGGCGGAGCGGGCGCGCUUACAAAAGGAGGUGUCCCAGGUCCAGCAGCAGAUGGCAGCUCUCGAAGGACAACUGGACUCAGUGCAGCGGGAGCGCGAUGAGAUGGAGACGCAUCUACAGUCUCUGCAGUUUGAAAAGCAGCAGGUGGCUGUGCUGACGGAGGCAAAUGAAGCGCUCAAGUCACAAAUUGAGGAGCUGCACCAGGGAGCCGCCAGGGCCAUCACCGAGCAGAAGCAGAGGGUGAUGCGUCUGGGCUCGGACCUGAGCAGUGCUCAGAAGGAGAUGAAGAGCAAGCACAAGGCCUACGAGAGCGCUGUGAGCAUCCUCAGCCGCCGCCUGCAGGAGGCCCUCACGGCCAAGGAGGCAGCUGAGGCCGAGCUCGGCCAGCUGAGAGCCCAGGAGGCCGGCGGCCCCAGUGGCCGCACACUGCAUGAGAGAAUCCAGACCCUGGAGUUGGAGCUGCAGACUGUGGGCCACAGCAAGGUGAUGCUGGAAAAGGAGCUGCAGGAGGUCAUCGCGCUGACUAGCCAGGAGCUGGAGGAGUACAGGGAGAAGGUGCUGGAGCUGGAGGACGAGCUUCAGGAAUCCAGGGGCUUUAGGAGGAAGAUAAAGCACCUUGAGGAGUCAAAAAAGAAGUUAGCUCUGGAGUUGGAGCACGAGCGAGGGAAGCUCACGGGCCUCGGCCAGUCCAACGCGGCUUUGCGGGAGCACAACAGCGUGUUGGAGACAGCGCUGGCCAAGAGGGAGGCCGACCUUGUGGAGCUGAACCUCCAGGUGCAGGCCAUCAUGCAGUGCAAACAGGAGGAGGACCGCCAGAUGAGGCACUUGGUGCAGACCUUACAAGCCGCCCUGGAGAGAGAAAAGCUGGAAGUGCACAGCCUCAGGGAACAGGUGGCUGCGGCCAAAGCGGAAGCAGGGCACAACCGCCGCCACUUCAAGGCCGCCACCUUGGAGCUGAGCGAGGUGAAGAAGGAGCUGCAGGCCAAGGAGCUCCUGGUGCAGACACUGCAGGCAGAGGCCGACUGUCUCCAGCGUCAGGAGGGCACACGUGCCCAGGAAGUCGCACAGUUCCAGGCAGAGCUGGCAGAGGCGCGGACGCAGUUGCAGCUGCUGCAGAAGCAGCUGGAUGAGCAGCUGAGCAGACAGCCCGCAGGAAACCAGGAGAUGGAAAACCUCAAGUGGGAGGUGGAUCAGAAGGAGAGAGAAAUCCAGGCCCUGAAGCAGCAGCUGGACCUGACUGAGCAGCAGAGCAGGCGGGAGCUGGAUGGGGCUGAGCAGUCUCUGCAGAACAUCAAGUCUGAGCUGGAGAUAGUGCAGGAGGACCUGUCCAAGACCCAGAAAGACAAGUUUGUGCUUCAGGCCAAAGUGUCGGAGCUGAAGAACAACAUGAAAACUCUGCUGCAGCAGAACCAGCAGCUUAAGUUGGACCUGCGACGCGGCGCAGCCAAGACGAGGAAGGAACGGAGAGGCGAGGCCAGCCCUUCCAGCCCUGUGACGCCAGUGAAGGUCCCUGACUGCCCGGUCCCAGCCUCGCUGCUGGAGGAACUGCUGAGGCCCCCUCCCGCCGUGAGCAAGGAGCCCCUGAGGAACCUCAACAGCUGCCUCCAGCAACUGAAGCAGGAGAUGGACAGCCUGCAGCGCCAGAUGGAGGCACACGCAUUCACUGUGCACGAGUCACUGUCCUCGUGGACUCCAGGGGACCUCGCCGCCAGCCCCACUUCCCCAGGUGCCCAUGCCAACCCCGGAGGAGACACAGAGCCACCGGGUCCCAGCAGGGCUCCCACAGAGGGGCUGGGAAUGGCGACCACGGAGCAUCCCCAUCCCGAGUGUGUGUAACUGUCGGACAGUCCCUCACAAGGUCAUGUGUCUGACUGAGCUGUUUCUUUCAGCGAUGGAGUUUUAAGUUUUGUGUUUGCCUUUACAAGGGGUGAAAUAACGGAGCGGAUCAUAGCCAGCUUCCCACAAAGUGACCAAACCUUAAAAUCCUAGGUGAGCUUUUGGUGACAGUGUUGGAAGGUCUCUGAGGGUUACGUGUGGGAAGCGAAACCUCACGAGUGACAUAAACGUGGCUUUGCAGCCGCUGGUCCUGGGGAACCUGGUCGUGGGUUCACUGCCUCACUCCCUGUGGGACCCACUGCAAGCUUCACCUCCCACGGAAGUGAAACUCUAUUUGCACCUUUGGUUUUUAUUUUAUUUUAUUUUUUCCUAGCCAUCCCACCAUAGGACGUGUAUGUAAAUACUGAGAAUUAUAACCUAAUCUUUAAAAAGUAUGUCCUCAUAUUAUUUAAAAAUGACCUAAAUUGUCUGCUUUUUGAUUGCCUUUUGAAAAUCUGCUGUUAGGAAAUAAUGUACAUGUAGGAUUAAGGGAUGUCAGAAAAUUAUAUUUUAAGAAACGUAAUUAUUUUAUUUACCUUCUAAAACCAAAUAUUCUUAGACAAAGAGCAUUCUUUCUAGUUUUUGUUUCACUUUAUUUUUGAGUGUCUUUUUCCUUGGUACAAGUGCACGAUGUCCACCUCUCCAACCCAACCCUGCUUGGCCUCGCCUUGGUCACCGCCCAGACAGGCCCUGCGGUCACCAGGGGCACCCAAAAGGAUGCUGUGGUCCCCACAAGCUGACCUGACGUGUGAGGUCUGGAGAGAGGCACAGGUCAGGUGGGUAGGUGGGGCUCUAGCCCAGGUAACAUGGCUUCUCCAGGCUGCACCUUCUGUGCUCUGGGUGGCAGUGAGCACCAGGACCUGUGGUCAUCGGAGAUGUGCUGGACUCGGUGGUGACGGCCAUCAGGAGGUCCACAGUGCUUUAACAUCUUAUCUGGAGUGCAGUGAGGUUCCUGGAAGAGGCAGGUUGCCCCGAGGGGAAAGGUGGUGAGGUCCCCAUGCUCACCCAACGUGGAAAAGCCCUGUUUGAAACCAGGUACCACGAGUGCGUGAGGUUUGCCUGUACACAUGUCCCACCUGAAGCACACCGGCAAAAACGGAAAGACUGUGGUACUGGAGGGCUGUAAGCUUGUCCCCAAGUUAGCUAAGAAAACCUAAAAUAGUUAUUGUAACAAGUUGGAGAACAGCGCGAGGUGGGUGCACGUGCAUCCUGUGCAGAUCUGCUGCUCUGAAGGUGGGGUGACGUGUGUGCACCUUGAAUCUCCUCUGUGGAGAAAAGGGUAUUUUUGAGCUGUGCUCUCUUAUAAUAUGCUGUCAGAAGGUUCAUUGAUAAAGUUGUAUUAACACAAAGAUGUUUGUUGUUUAAAAAAGGUUCCCCGGCAAGUAUUGAGACUUCUAAACACGUGUCUCAUUUGUACAGGGUCAAUCUUGAAACAAUACUUGAAAACUCAUUAUAAAUGUAUUCUGCUUUCCAUAAUAGUUGAAAAUCAUUUUUGAAAAAAAUGUUUUUGUACCAUCAGAAGAGAAAGAUGAUAAUUUAUGUUCUUAUUUA